CAACACCAUGUGAUCUCUCAUCUCAUGGACCAUAUCAUUUCUCUAGGAAACAGAUUUCAAGAAAAACUAAAAUGUAUAAAUAUAUUGUCUUCCUUCAUAACCAACUAAACUCAUUUGCAAACUCACCGCAAAACUUAGCUACUUUCUUCUGGUAUUCGUGAAUUUUAGCUUGCUCUUUGAGACAUUUGAAAUGGGUUUCCGUUCCCCUGCAAUUAGAAGGGCUUCAUUUACUGGUAGUAGCCAAUCAUCUUCAAAAGCUAUAAACAUUGCAAAGGGCUAUGUUGCAGUGUAUGUAGGAGAGAGAAUGAAACGGUUUGUGAUCCCCAUGACAUACUUGAACCAACCUUCAUUUCAAGAUUUGCUGAGUCAAGCAGAGGAAGAAUUUGGAUACAAUCAUCCAAUGGGUGGUCUUACAAUUCCUUGCACAGAAGAUGUCUUUUUGCAUGUUACCUCUCGCUUGAAUGGACUCUGAAGCUCAAAGUAUAGAGUACCGACACAUUAGUAGUGAGAUUGUGUAUAGCAGGAU